AGCCCAUCUUGUUCAACAGUUGAGAGUUGCCGGGGAUCAGGUACCAGAGAAACCUUAAGGUUUCCACUAAAUUCAAAAGGAUACCCCAUUAUUUUUUUAAGACACCGCCAGUAGGAUAUAGCAACAUGGUGGUUGUAGCAGCAGGGACCGGAGGGCCCCAUAAAGUGCUCCUGAUUUCCGGCAAACAGACCGGCUCCUCCAGCGGCUCACAGGCAGGCUUCAACCGGGCCAUCUCUGUCGUUUUACCGUCAUCGGCUAGCACGGCGUCAUCGGACUCCGACUCCAACUCUUCUGCUGGGCCGCCCAUACGAAAAAGACAAAGGCUCACACACUUGAGUCCGGAGGAAAAGCAACUUCGCAGGAAACUCAAGAACAGAGUCGCAGCUCAGACAGCCAGAGACCGGAAGAAGGCAAAAAUGGGGGAGCUGGAACAGCAAGUACUGGAGUUGGAGCUGGAGAAUCAGAAACUUCACAUUGAAAACCGUCUACUUCGGGACAAAUCAAAUGGCCUAAUGACAGAAAAUGAGGAACUAAGACAGAGACUUGGGUUGGACACCCUCGACUCAAAAGAGAAGGUUCAGAGUUUGUUGUCCACUGGGAACAAUGCAGGUUUAGGGAUCGGGUCUUCUGAGUCCGCAGCACUCAGGCUACGUGUGUCCGCAGCAGGUGCAGGCCCAGCACUCCCUAAAUCUGAAGACUUCUCAAUGGAUACAAAUGGUUCUGACACUGCAGACAAUGAGUCUGAUUUGCUCCUGGGCAUUCUGGACAUCCUUGACCCAGAGCUGUUCCUCAAGUCUUGUGAACAGGAGUGCCAGGAGCCGCAGGUGCUGUUGGUCAGAGGGGGGGACACAGUACCUGCCACCACACCUGCGACUCUGGGGGCCCCAUCAGUUAAGCUGGAGGCCCUUAAUGAACUGAUCCACUUUGACCACAUCUACACGAAGCCCGUGGAGGAGGUGAGCAGCGGGCAGUGCAACGACUCGGAGAGCGACGCAGAGGAGACGAUCGACGAGGACGCCGUCCCCAUUCCCGAGGUGGUGGUCGAGGAGGAGACAGUCUGCAUCAAAGACGAGCCAGAGGAAGUGGUCAUCCCGAGCUGUGACCGCCACAGUCAGAUGGAUGACUUUUUGUCUGGACCCUCCUCAACUUCCCUCAGCGGCCUGGAUAAUGAAGCUUGCCUUGCGGAUACCUACAGCGACUCCGGAUACGAAGGGUCCCCUUCCCCUUUCAGCGACAUUUCCUCUUCCCUGUGCUCAGAGAGCACCUGGGACGACAUGUUUGCUAAUGAACUCUUCCCCCAGCUCAUCAGUGUCUGAAUCAACCAUCCAGCCCAAUAAUUAAAAUAUAUUUAAUAUACAUACAUACAUGCAUGCAUGCCACUGAGUCUGCUCGUAUAUUUGCUAAAGUUAAGCACAUGAUCUCCUUUUUAAUACAGCAGGUCUGUACCAUUGGCGAUGCUGCCUUGACUUGUGGGAGAUGAGUUCAUGACCUCUUAUUUUGGCAUCAUUUAAUUACUGCAGAGGAUUUAAGAUUAAUUGCAAAUCUUUCACUCACUGUUGAAAGAUGAUGUGGGUGGAAUCCAGUAUUUCUGUAAAUGAAUAGGGGGGAUAGGGACCGAUCAUUUAAAUAGCUUUUUAUUUAUUUGUGUAUUCUGCUUCGGAGUCCUUGUAUAUCCACAUGUAAAAGCGCUUUCUUCUAAUUUGUUGACGCUCUCCAUGUAGUCUACUGCAUUAAAAAAACUUUUGCAUUGCA